CAGCUGAGGACAUCAUUUGUUUACACUCUAAUGGGUUCUUCAUCUUAAUGCAGUCUGCUUUAGCUGUCGCUAGUGACGACAGCCCUGCUACAGGUUGAUUACGUGCUGUGGUUGGAGGCCACAUGGCUUCAGGUGGAGCAGAGGAAGACGAUGGAGGCAUUCCAUUGGACAUUGACAACGUGCACAUGCUCCUCCAAGUGGAGCAUGAGCAGAUUCAGAAAAGGACGUUCACCAACUGGAUAAAUGCUCAACUCGCUAAGAGAAGCCCUCCCUCAUUUGUGUCAGACCUUUUCUCUGACCUCAGAGAUGGGUCACAUCUGCUUGACCUGCUGGAGGUGAUGAGUGGUCAACCUAUGAAAAGACAAAGGGGCCGAGGGGUUUUCCAGCACAGGGCCAACAUUGAGACAGCACUGAACUUUCUCAAGAAAAAAUCUAUCAAAUUGGUGAACAUAAACAUCCCAGAUAUCAUAGAUGGACGGCCCUCCAUCAUCCUCGGACUUGUGUGGACCAUCAUCCUCCACUGUCAUAUCGAGGAGCUGGCCAGCACGCUCUCCUUCAACUCUUGUCAUUCCUCCCUUGACUCUCUGACCAGCCUGGACUCCUGGUCUGACAGCCCAGUCCCAGCCAGUCCAGUCCCUGCAGGCCGGACGUCACCUCUCCACAGACGUUUCCGAAUAUCCGCCAAGAAGGCCCUGCUCAUGUGGGUCAGGGACCAAUGCCAAAAGGUUGGUUGCUCCGUCAGCAUGAGGAACUUUAAGUCGAGCUGGAGAAGUGGAGAGGCCUUCUUGGCCAUCCUGUGCUCUCUCAGACCACAGCUGGCUGAUCUCUCACUGGUUCAGUCCAGAAGCAACCAGGAGAACCUGGAGGAGGCGUUUCACCUGGCCGAGAGGGAGCUCCACAUCCCCCGACUGCUGGAGCCCCAGGAUAUUGAUGUUGAAGACCCUGAUGAGAAAUCCAUUAUGACUUAUGUGGCCCAGUUUUUACAAUACUCCAAUGACAUGCCGGCACCUGAUGACCAUCUGCAGGUCUCUCCAAGUGAGCGAGCAGCAGAGGUGACCUGCUGGCUGCAGCAAGCCUACCAGGAACUGUCAGAGGCAUGGACGGCUGCAGAGCAAUCCAGUUUUGCAGAAAAAUAUAAUGUGUUUCAGAACCUCUCUGGCUCCUUCACUGAGCAAAGGAGACCGGUGAUGACCCUCCUCGCCUCGAUAAGACGCUGCCCUGAGCUGAGCCAAGAGCAGUGUGCUCUCAGAACAGCGUGGGAUCGUCUGGAGCAGGAGCUGCAGAGAUGUAAAACAGACCUGGACUCAGGGCUUCCUCCUCCUCUGGACUCAGUUGUCGUGUGGCUGCAGCGUGCAGAGGCAGCGCUGACAGAGGAGGGAGGCAGAGUGAAAGAUCAUGCAGAUGCUGCUAAAGAAGCAAGAGCUCAACAAGACACUCAGAAGACAUUAAUGACAGAGAUGAGCUACAACAUCAAAAUCCUUGAUACCUAUCUCAACACGGAUAAUUCAGGGAACAUAAUAGUGCCCCUUGAAAAGUUUGAUGAGAUAAAAAGACGUUUAACCAAUAUCCGAGUCACAGCCAAGUAUCAAGGGAUCAAGUUGGAUUACCGGGAAUCCCGUCACACUGUACUGGAUCUCCUGGGCCGCAUCAGUGCUAAGGUUCAGACCUGGAAAACUCCUUACAGAUCUCAGGAGAAAGUACUUCUGCUUUUGCAGGACUGGCAUGAAACAGUAGAUCGCCAAAGCCUGCUUUUAAUUCUGAUGGAUGCUCUCCAAAACCUGAAGGAGAAGGCAGAUGCUUACACCAGCAAAGCAGCACUAGGCAACGAUUCCCAGCUUAUUACCCGUCAGGUGAAGGAAGUAGAAAGUGAAGCUGAGUUGGUCACACAGGCUGUGACGGCUGUGAAAGGGACGAUGGAAAGAGUGGUGUCUGCAUGGGAGACUUACGACAGGUGCCUCACUUCUCUACAGACAUGGCUUGGACAAAAGAUACAUUCCAGUGCUCAGUCUCCAGUUGUGGGGACGAAGGACAUGAGUGAGUGGACGUCAUGUCAGGCAAAGUUAAAUGAGGCGGGGAACUUGCUCAUUGAAGUGACAGAACCUUCGACCAGCCUUGCUCUGAUCGAGCAACUCAGCAAAGUCAACAUGCAGUGGGCUGAAUGCAUGAAGAGGACAAUGUUCGAGGUGUCAUCGGAGCCCAGUGUCAGUCCAAUGUGUCUUCAAAUGGUGCACUCACUGACCCAGGAGGCCAGCUGGCUACUGAGGCAACCACUCGAGGUGUCCUCAGUCCAACUGAAGGCAAGCAGACAGAAACUACAGCUCAUGUGUAAAAGGUUGGCAGAGGUGGACCUUUCAUCUGUCAGUCCAUCCCCAGACUUUCAAACAACCCAGAUAGAAAACCUCCAGCAAACUCUCCCACAGAUGGUUUCUGAGGCAGAAAGGACCUGCGGAGAGCUGCAGCGGGCUGCGUCUGGGCUGGAGGGUCGCCUGGCUGAGCUGGACCGCUGGAGCACAGAGGCCCUGGACUGUUAUCAGCACCUUAAAGAGAAACAGCACAGAGGACGCUCCACAUUGGAACCUACAGCCAAAGUGCUGAUUUCUCGAGGCUUGCAGCUGGAGAACCAGGUUGUAACUGAGGGACAGGAUCUGCAGGACCUUGUAAGGCGAGUUCAGAAAACCUCUCCUCUGCAGCACCUCUGUACUUCCGGCAUGCAGGACAGGAUCUCAGAAGCAGGCUCCCACUGCAAGGAGAUUCUUGGAAUGUUUAGCUCCCUCGGUUUUCAGCAGCACAUUGAAACAGCCCAUCAGACACAGAGACAGCCAGAGGCAGGCUUUUUAGUUGUGGCCAGAACCAAACAUGUAGACCAGAUUGGGAAUGUUAUGCUGCAGACCCAGGACCCAAAUCAGGCUUCACCUCAGACGCCUCAACAAAAGUCAAGAGUUCCCCAGGGUUGGCCUAAAACCCAGGACGUGUACACACAGGAUGAGCCGGCCAUUGUUAUACCACAUGUCAGAAUCCAAACGCUGCCUCAACCACUGAAGGAACUGGUACCUCAUACUCACUCUCCUCUUAAUGAACCUGUAAAAGCAGCAGAAUCUGAGCCCAUGAUCCAACCUCAGCCAUUUUCCAAGUUUCUCGCUCAGGCUUCAUGUCCGAGUCAAAAUGAUCAACCUUUGCCUGCUUUGAUCCAAACUCCUGUUGAAAGCUCACCCCCCUCACAAACUCAUACACCAGUUUCCAGAAUAAAAGGGCAACCAAACAUUCUACAGAGUGAUAAAGCAUCUCCACAGCCGCCAGUUAUGGUCCGCAGUGAAGUUCAUUCAAAAGCCCAGUCAAUGGCGAGGAGCAGACUGGAGAAGGCCAGGUUUCGUCUACAAGGACGGAUCCAGCAAGCCAUCAAGUUAUUUGGUGGCAAAGAGAUUUCAGCGUCACAAGCGAAGAGGAAGCAGGUCGUCGUGGAUGGAGCUGAAUCUGUUGAGGUUGAAUCGCUCCAGGAGCUGUGUGAAACACUGAGGCCAAGACAGUCCUCGUGCCUGGCAACAGACCAACUGAGGGAGUCAGAUGAAGCACAGGAAACACAAGCCAGUGACACAGUGCUGCCAUCUGACUGGGGACGGCAGCUCUAUGGAAGCACCCCACUGAGAGCGACUGGCGUGUCGGGCGACACACAGCAGAGCAACAAUCUCCCACAGGAACAAAGCGUGGACAGCCAACAACACAUCUCACCUGUGUGUUGUGCUGGGUCAGUUCAGCUUUGUGCUGAUAUCCUUCAGCUGCAAGCUCGGGACGUCCCAACACAAAGUGAGGGUGACCUGACACAACAUAGUGGCUGCGGGUCGGGGAAGAAACUAAAGCCGUCGCUUCGAGCCAAAGAGCAGCAUCUGAAAGCACGUCUACUGAACAUCACAGAGAGCAACCAGCAAACUCAGGCUCAUGUACAGGCGGUUGUCAGGGGUGACAGUGUGGAGACCAAGCAGGAGGCAGAGUGGACCGUCAUCCCGGAGACAGUCGCCCCACCACAGGAAGAACACUUCUCUGAACAGGAAGCACUGGAUAGGUACAGAAAGUCCCGCUUGGCAUUUCACUCUCAACUCCAGAAGAAUAAACAACAUCUGGACGAGUUUAUCCUGGACCCUGUCACCAUCUCCACCCUGGAGAUCCAUAGGAAGCAACUACAGACUUUAAAACAGGAGGCAGAGGCACUGUGGUUUAAGUUUGAGCUCCAGCAUGCCCAGCUUUCUCAAUUCUGCCAUCUGAUGAGCAGUGAAGAUAAUGGUGAAGUGGAAACAGACUGGGAGCAGCUGACUCAGCAGUGGAGAGGCCAACAAAUGUGCCUACAGAACAGGAUGACAUCCCUAGAGAAUACUGUUGACCUGAUGGAGUCUGCAGAUGAUCAGAUGACACUGGUUAUGGAAAAACUGGACUGCAUCAUCAGAGAGUCUGUAGACAUCUCCUCCUUCACUUUGGCUGAUCCCAGACUGGUAUCUGAUUUAAAGGAGAUGGAUGUCAGACUGCGGUCUGAAAUGAGAAAGCUAUCAGAACGAGGCGCUGAAGUGAAAAGACAAGGCCCGGAAGCAACAUCCCCUUCAUGUGUCUGCCAGGCUCUUCACAACACUGUCCAUCAUCUUGAGCAGCUCAGACAGCGGCUGGAGAAGAUUCAGUCUGCUGCACAGGCUCUGGAUCACUUCCUGGCCUCAGUGAGGGAAAUCAAGGCCGAGAUCCCAACCCUGCUGGCAUACCAGGACCCCAGCAGACAGCUAAAUGAAAGAGACUGGGAGCAGGAGAGACACUGUUGGCAGGCAGCAAUGCAGCAGAGGUUGCAGACUGCUGCGGAGCAGUCUGAUGGCGUUGACAGCACUUUAAAGGCAGUGGGCAUGACUCUGACCAUGGAGGGUGCAGCAGUCACAUGCCAGGAUGUGGUGACAUCAUUGUCACAGCAAGCUGUGGACAUGGAAGGAGAGAUGGCGAGAGCCGGAAAGAGGGACAGAAAAGAUUUGGAUCCUAUGGAGAUACAUCAGACAAAGCCUGGCGAUGAUUCACCACAGUGGAGGGGAGCACAGGAGCCGGAGCAUCCCACUCCAAGUAGGAUGGAAGAUAAGUCAGAGUUUGAGGCCAAAAGGAGUAAGCUGGAAGAAGAUACAAAGACACAAAAGGAGGAAGAGCACAAGGAAACAUGGAAACCUGAAGGAGAUGUCUCAAAAGCCAAGGACCAGAGCAGAAGAAGAAGCAGCCAAGUGAAGAAAGAGGGAGAAGAGACGGAGAGCUUGGUCCAGAGGAGAGCUGCCUUGUUAGGGGCUCUGAGGGAGAUAAGAGGAGCAGCUGAACAGCUGAUGUUACAGGAGCCCACCCUCCCUGCUCUGCAGCACAGGACACGUGCAUUGAAGGAGCUGGAAAGUCGUCUUGCUGGCCACCUGGCUGAGCUGCAGCACCUGCAGGAUGCAUCAAGACUCCCUGGUGUGAGUCAGACCAGAGAGGUGGAGGAGGUCUGGAAAGAGGCCAGAAAAGCUGUAACUGAAAGGCUGGAGCAGUGUUUUGCCCUGACAAAGCUGCUGAAGCGGUUUCAGGGCAUUCGUGGGGAGCUGAGUGGGACACUGCAGAGGGCAGAAAGCUCCAUCAGUGAGCAAGCCUCCUACUUGGGGAAAGACAACCUGCAGAGACUGUAUGCUGAGGUGCAGCAAACAAAGGCGGAGCUGGACGGCCUUGGGGACAGCAUAGAGGAGGUCCGCACUGUCUGCAGACAGCUUCACACACAUCUGCGUCAGAUCCCAGAAUGCACCAUCGUCUCAUUUGAGGACGAAGCAGAUGCUCUCAUGGACCACUGGCUAGAUGUAUCAGAAAGGACAGAUUCCCACCUUGAAAACCUGCACGUUGGCCUGACUUUGUGGGAUGGAGUCCUUCUGCUGGGAGCAGAAGUGGAGAGCUGGAUAGCCAAUAAACUAGCAGUAUUUGCUCAGUCUCCAUCCUUUCAGACAGAGAACGACAUCACAGCCUUACAGAAUGAAAUUACGGGCCAAGAGGAGAAUAUUGAGCAUUUCCACCGAAGAGCCACUGAGAUUCAGGGGCUGCUUCAAAGCACUGAGCUCCCUCUGGAGCUGCAGGUUGUGGAGACCCAGAUGAGGAAGAAGAUAGAACAGCUGAAGGAGCUUGUUUCUGAAGCUGAGGAUGUUUACAGGCAGAUGGUGGCUGCUAAGGGACAAAUAACUGCUAGGAUGGCUGAAUGCUUCAGCUCCCUCCAAGGGAUUCAGGACUCCCUCCUCACUCUCAGUGGUUCAGAUGUUACAACAGUGCUUGCAAAACUUAAGAAUCUAUUGUUUGAGCUCCAGAUGCAGGAUGAGCAGGCAGAGAGUCUGCGGGAGGAUCUGCAGGUUAUGGCCUCUAUAGCGAGUCCAAUCAGUCUGCAGAGUCUGUCUGCAAAGGAGCUUCAGCUGCAGGAUAAAGUCAGACACGCCCACCAGCUCUUCUCUGAGGUGGAAAAACAGACUCACAGGAAUAUCCAAGCUCUCGACGGGCUGCAAAAGGAGAGUGAACAAUUGGAAGAAUGGUUGCAAGGAAUUGAGGAAAAAGCAGCCAAGGAGGAGGAUGUUAGUUUCCUGCUCGAGGAAGCACUUCAACAAAGGGUGAGGACAGAGGCCCUCCAUCAGCUUGUGUCCUCCUUACAAAAGAGUACACUUCAGCAGUGUGCUGCAGUGGAAAAGAGCAGCAAACUGUUGCAAAGAUACCGCAAGCUUCAAACCAGCAUACUGCAUGACUCCGCGGAGGAGAGCGCUCUGAGAGGGGAGGCAUUUCAGACUCUUUCACAGUCCACUCAGUCCUGGGUUGGAGAUCUGAGACCAACUGUUGAGUUUCCACUUGGAGAAAAUGGUAUCCAGAGUCCUGUAGAGCAGAAACUUAACCAAGCUCAAGCUGUGGUAAGGGCAACAACAGAGGGGGAGGCAGGCCUUGAAGAGCUCGGAGUAGCUGAAAACUGUUGCAGCCACAGACUGUGUGAUGGAGACAACUUGACUCCGGACACUCAGGAAACUAGUCAGAAAGCAGAGGAGCGGGACCUUCUUCAGUCAGUUCAGCCUGUUAACAGUGCUCUACAGGCUGAUCCAGACCUCACCUCCUCCUACCUGGACCAGAAACAGUGGGCCCGCCGCAGGGUGGAGGAGCUGCAGCACAGAGCUGCUCAGCUCCCUACGUUAUUUCCCUGGCCUGGAUCCUCUGAGCGCAGACAAACCUGUCUUCUGGCCUGUCAGCUGCAGGAUGAGGCUAAAGCCCUGCAGUUAACUCUUACCAGCCUGGCUGAGCAGAGGACGGAGCUGGCUGAACAAACCAGUGACACCAUCUGGAAAGAUCCUUCCUCGGCUGAACUGGAGAAUCACUGCUCUUCACUGAUGGAGGAGGUGAAGGGUGUGUGUUCCCGCCUCGAGGAAGGUGUGUAUAAUGAGGAAAAUUUUGGCCAGUUACUGCAGGACUGCCGCUGUAAAUUGACAUCCCUGCAGGAAAGGAUGUCAGCCUGUCAAGCUCAGAAAGAAAGCUCAGCUGGAUUGGUCACUGAUGUAGCCACUCUGGAGGCAUUACUACAAGAAGUGACUGACAUAGAGAAAGACCUCUUACAGAUUGGAACACUCAAAGACUCAAUCGCAGCCAGUUCAAUAGCCGAGGCCCAGGCCAGCCUCUCUCAGCAAGUGAGCAACCUCCAAAACCACAAGAGGGCACUAGACAGUAGCAUCAGAGAAUAUCUGGCCCUGCUCACAGAAAACGGGAACCAGAGAGUUCAACGAGUGAAAGACGAGGUCUUCAGUGUACAAACAGCUCUCAAAGACCUGGCUGCAAAUCUGUGUAGGGACCUUGAGGUGCUGCCUGAAACCUGCCAGCUCAAACAGCAGUGGUAUACAUUGCAGGACUGUGAUACCAGGCUGACUGAGUUGGCUGCAAGAGUUAAAGACCUGCAGAAGACCAAAGAUCCGAGCAUCACACAAGAACAGCUUCCUUCAGAUGUCACUCUGUCUAUUGAGGCAGUUACUAAAGACAUGGACAGCGUCAUGUCCGUUUUUCUACGAAAGAAGCGUGAGUGUGCCCAAAAUACUGCUAACAGGGUGAGACAGGCUAUUAGCCAGAUGCAGAAGUGGAGCCAAACAGUACAAGCUGAACCGUCAUCACACAACCAGGCAGCUCUGAAUGAGGGUUUGAGGCUUCAACAAGCUCUUCGUGAAGUGCUGUCUGAACGAGGUUUUCUUCUUAACUGUCUGGGGAAAAAAGCAACAAAGAAACUGGUGAAAAGUGCUUCAGAUGCUCUCAAUAAAAGCACACCUGCAAUUGAGACCUUAUCGAAAUGCCUGGUUGAAACGGACAGUCAAGGUUGCUGUGCAGAGGAGUUGGACAAAGGUUUUCCAUACAGAGUUGUUGAAGAAACUUGUAGAAGUCAUGAACCAUAUUUGGCUUCACCUGAUGAAACUACAACCAUGUGUCCUCCUGCUUCUUUCUCCGCAAUAAACAACAAAGAAAACUCUCCAAGUGAUCAUAAUACUGACAAACCUAACACCAAAGACCCCUUGAAAACAUCCAAAGAAGGUGGCCAUAAUGCGUUCUCAUGUGCAGAGAAAGAUGAAAUCGCUACACUUAACACAGAUAGCAGUACUUUAAGCAGUGGGCACAAGGCACUUUCUAGUAAUUAUUUAAUGUCAGACUCACUUGCUACUUUAAACAAGAGUUUAAUAGCUCAGGAAGAGAACACUGAACCAUUACAGGAAGACACUACCUCGACCCAGGACUUUUUAACUAAACCAAACAAAACCAAAGAAAUCAAUCCAGCACACUGUGUCUCACACUUGGUUGGAUCCACAGCAGUAAAGCAAGACACUGUCCCUCUUUCUGCUCCUGAAAAUGUGUCUGAGCAUCUAGCAGCACAAUGUGAUACACUGAAGGCAGUAACAGAUGGUCAUGAAGAGAAACGCUCUGAGGACAUCAGUGUUACCCCAAAGAAAGUGUUAACAAUAGUGCUGGAUAUGGAGCCACAGGACAUGCAAAAAAAUAUUGAUCCAGAUGCGCUCAUAUAUUCCCAGGCAGCAGAGCUUUGUGAUACAAAUCUCACAAAAGUUUCAGCUAUUCCCAAGAACAAUCCUGGACUCUUAAUCGGCCCUGAACCAGACUCGAAAAGCCAUCAUCCAGACACACCGUCAGAGACAUUUAAGGCACUUGCUGAUGUUCCAGAAAAUGAGAAAUACUGUGAGGACACCAGUGUAAGCCCAAAGAAAGUAUUUACAGUAGUUCUGGACAUGGAGCCACAGGACAUGCAAAAAAAUGUUGAUCCAGAUGCACUUAUCUGUUCUCAGGCAGUAGAGCAAUAUGAUGUAAAGCUCACAGAAGUUUCAGCUACUUGUGAGAAAAACUCUGGAUGCGUAAGCAGCCCUGAGCCAGACUUGAAAAGUGUUCAUCCAGCAGCACAAUCAGAGACAUUUAAGGCACUUGAUGGUGUUUCAGAAAAGGAGAUAUACCGUGAGGAUAUUGGCCCCAAAAAAGUGUAUACAGUAUUGUUGGACAUAGAGCCGCCUGAGUUCCUCCCACAGGACAAUGUCGGAGCCAGCAGUCCAGAUGUACUCAGCUGUUCGCACGGGGCUGAGCUUACAGAAGAAGUUUCAAGUGUUCCUGAAAAGAAAUCUGGACUUCUUACAACAUCAGUGAGUCCAGAAUCAGAUAAAACAGACUUGAAAAUCGAUGAUUUAAAGAGCUGUGCAUUCAGUGAGUCUCAAGAGACAGACUCACCGCCAGAAACCCCCCUGGCAUUAGUAAGUACAGAAUUGGAGGUUAAUUCCACAAGUGCCAAAUUAUCAUGCAAGGAAAAACUUGAAAGCCAUGAAUCAAUGGCCAAUGAGGUGUCAAAUUCCUCCAGAUCAUCUGGCACUGCUGCUAAAUUUAAGCUCACCAGUGCACACGCAGCAGAAACAACAUUUCUGGUUGUCAAACAAGAGGAGGCGACAGAUUUCUGUCACGCUGAAGAGCAAACAAUGAGCUCAGUCUUGUGCACUGUGGAGGGAGAUGCCUUAACUGCAACACAAAUACCUGCUGGGGACAGUAAACAGGUUAUUGUUGCUGACACUGCAAAGAUCACAGGAACAGGACAGCUGGAGGAGGCAGAGGGAGGAACAACAGCAAAACAAGCAAGUGUAAGCCCAGAAUCCAAACUUUUCAAAGUGCGAAAAAGACGAGACAAAGCUGCGCCGCUGUUUGAAGAGAGUGAAUGGAAGAUUCCCGCUUCACCGGAGGACACAGAGGUGACACAGAAACAGCGUCAGAUCCAAGAAAGCAUGGAGACUGAGAGGACGGCGCCAGGUAUGGCAGCUGAUCUGCAGGUCGGGGAGGCGACAGGUGGAUCGCCAGAGUCCUGCAAACACAUGUCCACCAUGCAGGAUGUUUUGUCUGAGAUCCAGAGCUUGGUGGAAAGAAGCAACAUAAUAAAUCGGACACCACACAUUGAUUUGAACUGGUACCUGAAGUCCUCUCCUGGUGAACCAGAGAUUCGUUUGAUACGAACUGUCCAAAAAGUUCUGGCAUGUCGCUAUCGACCAGCACAACUCGAUGUCACAGCAAUGGCCGAACAACUGCAGGAGGCAGAGGACUACAGGCGCUGUGUUCAGGAGCAAGUGGCUUCUAUGGAAAGCCUGAACAGUGCCAGUAUUUGUGACCCAGAUGCCUUGAAAAGAAUUGAAGGGCAGUGGAGUGCUGCACUGUUGGAUGCCUCUGCCACAGUGCAGGUCAAAGCAGCACAGCUGGAUCAUAUCAAACAGUAUCACAAACAGAUGAAGAUCACCAGAGCUUUCAUGGAGGUUGUAGCAGCUGAGAAAGACAAAAUGAACUUAAAUACAUUGGGAAGCAGUGCCCUUCAAGCUGACAAACUUCACGCCCUGCUGCAAACCAUGGUGCAGAAAAAAGACAUGAUAGAGGGGCUCCUCCAUUUAAGUGGCCAGUUGUCGGUCCACUUGAGCAACGCUGAGAGUUCAGGUGCUCUUCUUGCCCAGCUUGGAGAUGUCCAAGAGGAAUGGCGGCUUUUAGAAGGAAGUAUCAAACGAGCUCUUCAGCACGCCUCAAACUCUAACUCUCAGUCUUUGCUCCUAAUAAAAGAGGCUGAAUUGCUUAAAGCCAAGCUCGAAGCUCUUCAGACAUCCAACUUUCAAAGCCAUGAUGGCAAAAGCGCUUUAGAAUUUGUUUGUCUGACUACAGACCUAAAGCUGUACAACCAGCUUUAUCUGCACUUACAGUCCCAGUCUGAUGCUCUUGUGCAUUUCUCUCUUGGUCAGAAAGAGAAGGAUGAGAUCAAACGUAACCUUCAGGAACUUGAGUCCUUGUUAAAUGUCAUUAAGAGCCAGCUUGACACUUCCACCCACAGUUGUGGCGGCACUUCUUCAACUAAGAUCAACAAGCAAUUACAAGACCUGAUCACAUGGGCCAAGCAGGCGGAAAACCACAUCUCUAUUGGGAAAAAGUUAGCUCUUUUCCCAGAGGAAGCACGUAUUCAGAUUGCUGAGAUGAAGAAAUUUCAGACCGAUAUUUGGUUCAGAAGAUCCAAGAUGCACAAAGAAAUUGAGCAGAUGAAAGAUGUAGCCUCUGAUAUGGAAAAGGAGGAAAGUGACCAAGUGUUGAAGACGGUAGAAGACCUGUAUGAAGCCAUUGCGGACAGCUUGGAUCAUGUUCUUGACACCAUGAAGAAAAAUCUGCAGCAGAGGGAGAAACUGUUAUGCCAGCUUGCAAGCAUGGAUGCAUGGCUAGCAGAAACACAUGCUGAAAGAGAUCCCUGCACCCAUGUUGACAAUGUUUCCAAAGCCAACAUUAAAAAGCUGCGGAGUGAGAUGGAAAGUCACAAAUCAGCCACAGUUGAGAUAGAGAGCCAGCUGAAACUGGUGGAAGCAAUGGAAGAAAGUUGCAGGGGAAUAGCUGCAGGGUUGAGUCCAGGAGAGAGCCGCUACCUUGUCAACAGACUGUCAGGUCUUUGGACAGAAUUAGAUGGAUUGUUAGCUCAUGAGAAAGCAGCCAGCUGGGAAUUAGAGGAGUUGAUUCAUGAGCGAAACUCUUCAGAUGAGGAGUUAUCGACCAUCCAGGCUAGCUUAAAGCAAAUCUCCUCUGGUUUGGAGCAGCAAAGAUUCCCUUUAAAACAGGAAAUCCUCUUAACAAUAUCACAUUUGAAGCACAUGCUAAUGGAGCAUCAGUGUCAAGUACAAGAGCUUCAGCACUGCCAUGAGGCCAAGCGAAGCUCCCUGCUGUGCACCAUUGGAGAACUGCAAGACCAGUGCAAAGCCAUCAGUAUUAAUACCACUGAGCAAGACAAAUAUCUGCACCUGAGGAGCCAAAUGGAGGAUUCUAGGGACAUCGCCAAAGAGCAAAUCCAUCGUGCCAAAGAUAAAACAGUCAGCGUGGUGGAAAGGUUCAGACUAUGCCAAACACUCUUGGUUGAACUCCCGUUGGUGAAGACGCAGUGUCAAGAAGCGGCAGACCAACUGGAAGCCAUAGCUCAGGAGCUGUACCCAUCUGAGCUUAACUCAGAGAGGCAGAGGAUCCACCGCACUGUGGAAACUUUAGUCUCCUGGGAGCAUUCUGUCACAGAUGAUAUCAAGAGGCUUGAGGCCAAGCUUCUGCUAUCUCUGUGUUUUUCCUCUGAGCUUCCUGACUUAAAAGAGCUUUUCCGAAAAGCAGGAGUGGAGUUGGAGGGAGCUGAACCAGUAAAUCCAGAUGAAAAAGCCAUAGAUGUUGCGCUAAGAAGAAAUUGGGUUAUUUGGAGAAAUAUGGAGUCUGGAAUGAGGGUGUUGAAAGGUCUAGCGCGCAAAGAAAAAGUAAACCUGAAGAAAUACAAGGACCUGUUUUCUCUUAGGGAUGCAACCAUGCAAGAGUGCCAUUUACGAAUGGAGAGUUUAUGCCAAGCGAGAGAAUCCCUGAAAGAUUACCAGUGGGCUGCUCGGGGAGCAAUCGGCUUCCUUCAUAAUGCUGAAGCCACCUUUUUAUCCGCUCCUGGGGGGUUUCUGGAUUGCACUGAGGAACAAAGACAGACUCAGCAGGCUCUAGAAGCUCUUGAAGAUGGAUUUCAAGCUCAUAUCAGCCACCUUGUGGAUCUGGUGCCACAGCAACCCUGCCUGUCCCGCCCAAAGACUGAGCAGCUCCACAUCAGCAUCCUCAGUCAGUUGUUGGUUGGAAGAGCCAUACUGGAGGCCCAGGCCCAGCUCAGGCUGGAGUCCUUGCAGAGGUGUGAAAUAAGUCAGCAAAGCCACAUGAAGUGCCAUGAAGACAUACGUCAACAUCUUUCAGGACUUGAAGCCAAGCUUUCAGAAUGUGCUGCAGGACCAGUGCUGUCGUUUGACAAAUGUGUUAUCCAACAAAAAGGAGCCAAGCUUCUGAUGGAAGAUCUCCGCAGCCUCGCUGGUAAGAUUGAAGAACUGAGAGCUGGAUGUCCGAUGCAGGGCUGCGGGGUUGGAAAGGGCGGUGAACUGGGCGCCCUCUGGAGGCGCUGGGUAUCAUUACGCCGUGGUGUCAGCCUCCUGAUGGCACACGCAGAACAGAGAGGAGAGGAAUGGCAGGACAUUACUACAAGCAUGCAGCAGUGUUGCAGCUUGUUAGCCAGUCUCCAGGCUGAGGUUCCCGACUCCUCCACUGUGAGCUUCACUCAGGAGGAACCCCUGGAGCUCCUUGCUCAGGCUGAGAUCCACCAGGCCGGGCUGGAGCAGGAACAGCAGGCCUUAGCCUCCCUGGAGCAUCGACUGGAGCACGCCCUGAGCUUAUCUAGUUCCCAGGAGCCCACCAGCCCUGGACCUGUUGGCAAAACACUAGUGAAGAUCCAAGAGAAUGUCAGGAGUUUGAAAGAGAGAAACCUGCUGCUGGUUGCUGCAGCGCAGGCGGAGGAGAAGGAGAGACAGCAAGUCCAAGAGGAGAUAGAAGAGUUGGAGCAACACAUGUUCGCCCUUCUUCCCACACUGGAAGCCUGUUCGAAUCCUUGCAAACAGCAGGAGCUCAAAAAGGAUUUGUCCUCCCAGAAGGCCAAACUAAAAUGUAUAAUGGACGCCGCACAGAGCCGGUAUGCUGAGAUACCGGCUGAUAUCAGCAGAAGGUUACAAGAAGUUCAGCUGUCUCUACAACGAGAGGAGGAGAAGCUUAUGCAGAAGAGCAACCUAGUUAAGAAGCUGGCUCAUCAAGUGGCAGAGUUGGGCUCUGGUAUGGAGAAAGUGAAAGCAAUACUGGAGCAAAAAAGUCUAACAGUGAAUGACGCUCAAAAUGCUCUCAAGCAUGUGUGGGAUGAGCUGGAUGCGUGGCGCAGCCGCUUGAUGCUCCUGGAGAGCGAGGUGCAGGAUCUUGCAGAAGAGCAUCCAGAUCAAGCACACCUCCUUAUGGACCAACUCACCCAACCACUGCAGCUCUACCAAAACGCAUCGCAGAUGACCGAGCAGCGCACCGCCUUCCUCAGCAAGAUCCCUGACUGUCUUCAGGAGUUUGAAGACAUCCUUUACAGCGGCACAUGCUGGUUGGACGAGGCUCAGUCAUGGCUCUGCGCUCCCUGCUGCUUCACAACAGCCAGAGGCCUUCAGAAUCACGCAAACUCCCUGCAGCUGGUCCUGGAUGACUCUGAGAGGAUCAGAAACACCCUGCAUGACUUCAGGCCAGUCCUGGAUGAGAUCUCUGAUGUGUGUGACAUCAGCACCCACAAGGAGAGGGUGGACCAAGUUGACGAAGAAGUCCAAAAAAUGCAACGCCAGGUCCUAGAGCAGCUCGAGCAGCUCCUGCAGGCUGUAGUGGUGGUGGAGGAAGUGGAAGCAGAGCUGAAGACCAUGGAGAAAAAUGUCCCGAAGAUCAGAGCGAUUUUAUCCUCCAUGGACGACUCCAACAUAACUUUGACGGAGCAUCUUCACAACCGACAGGUGAUCCUGGCCAACAUGCAGUCUAUGCGGAGGACGCUGGAGGAGAUGGAGAGAUGUAAAGGAGAGCUUCCUCUCCCACAGGGAGCAGAGGAGAGCCUGCUGGUCUUUUCCAGAGCCAGACUGCUUCUGCAGCCGCUCGAGGAGCUGGAGCAACUCACCCAGCAACAAGCCACGCUGCUGGAGAGCAAGAUUAAGGCGGAGGAAGAAACCUGUAAGGAUCUUGGAAAAGCACAGCAGCAGGACAGAUCUCCACAAAAACACUCGGCCCAGGAGGCUUUUGAGGUGCCUAAUUCAGAGGAAGAGGAGGAUGAGGAAAACGAGAGUUAUCACUCUUCGUCCUCUGACACACUAACAUGCAGUAUUCCAGAGGACCCAGAUGAGACACUCAGCGCCUCAGAUGUGCAAAGUGAGGAUAUUGCAGAAAUUAAGCCACUACCAGAAGUUCAGGCACUGGAGAGUUUGGCUGGCCAGUUUUCCUCUGAAGUGGAGACGAGCUCAAAAGGUGCUGAAAGAGGUCUGCUCUCUGUGAAGCCUGGGCUUCAUUCAAAAGAGUCUGGAUUAGAAAAUGUUAAAAGCAGAUUAAUAACAAUGGAUUUAAAAGAUGGCAAAGCAUUUGGUCCUAAAACUGUGACAGCUGAGCCACUCAUUGCUGCAGCCGCUCCAGCAGCUGAGUGCGAGUUCACUGCUGCAGCCUCACGGGACCAGCAUGGAUCACCAAAACAUGAAUCCCUCGUCGCUGACCGUCAUUCAAAGGCAGCAGACGCAGUGGAAGACACAAGACUGAUUCCUGCAAGACCUAUGAAUCCGUUCACUGCCAUGAGAGGAUCUCAUGAGUUUAUAGAGGAGGGAAGCGAAUAUCCAUCUUUGUUCACAACUCCUCAUCAAGACGUGGUUACUCUUCAUGUGUUGAGGGAGCAGAGUGACGUCAGCACCAGUAACACUGGUUUCGAGGGACAAUCCCAACAAGCCGUAAAGUCGUCAGAAAAGCCAAUCAGCUCGGCUGGACAUGAAGAAGAUGACAAGGAGCAGCUGAGUUGGAGUCGACUUCAUACCCAGAUCUCUCAAAAACUGACCACUUUGAAAAAAGUUAGGGAGGAGCAUCAGAUUGACUCAGGAGAUGGAAUGACCUGUGAAAAGGACGCAGAGAGGCUGACAUCAACCGGGUGUGCUUCUGCUGUUCUCCAGCGGACACAUGAGUCCAUCACCAUGCUGAGACAAAUAGUGAGCUCUCCAGGUGUAAAUGAGGAAUUGUACCAGGCUGUGCGGAGGGUCCUUCUCUGUCUGGAUACUUUGACUGACCUUUUGUUGACCUCUGGUGAAGAUGACCCCCAGCUGAGGCUGCUACAGCAGGAGUGUGUAUCAACUGAGCUGGGGACUCUGUCUGAGCUGUUGAGUAAAGUGGAGUCUGAGACCAAACCUGUGCUUUGGAGGGAAAAACCAGAAGCUCUCCACUGUUUGACGUCCCUUCAGGACUGUCUGCACACAGUCCAGCCGGUCAUCGACUCAUCACACAGUCAGCUCAUUGCACAUCUGGGAAACACACACCAACAUCAGGAGCUCUCCUCCAACCAGCUGUGUAUUUUGGACAAGAUUGAACUGGGACGUAGUGACAUGUUCCCCAGCAUUAAGGAUGCUCCCAGUUUGGAGCGGUGUGUGCUGGGCCAACAUCUGAGGGAGAGUCCAGGGGAAAAAGCCAAGCUACAGCAAGUUUCCCAGUCCUUGCUUCAGGGGAUAACUCGCCUCCUGGAACUGGGUGAAGAAUGCUUAACAAAGGGGCAGACGAGCCCGGUUCACAACCGCAGCCAACUUCAAGCAGCUCUCUGCAGACACGAGAAGCUCCUUCGGGUCCUCAGGUCUCAGCUGGCUUUCGUGCAGCAUCUGUUCCAACGCGAGCCAGAAGCACUCAAGUGUCAGGAGGAUGAGCGGGUACAGCUGGAAGUCAGAGCCAAAGCUUUGCAGCAACAGGCUUUGGAACAGGAAGUGGCUUCUCAAAGGAGGAUCCAGGAGUGGACCCGGUGGGAGGAUAAUUGCAGUCGACUUGGCAGGUUGCUGGAUGAUGCUGAAGCUUUCAUCAGCAGCGGGGAACCAGAGGGAGAUGAUGAGAAGUUAGCACAGCACCGACAAGAUGCCUGUCAGCAAACAUUGGUCCAGCUGGAUGAGAGCAGAGCUGCUUUAGGACUUCUCCUGGAUCAGGGGAAGAUGCUGCAGACAGAGCCAGAGUUUGCUGCCACAGUCAGUCAUGCAGGAGGCGCUCUGGAGCUGCGAUGGCAGAGCGCUUACAGACGGACAGAGCAGGAGAGUCAGCGCUGCAGAGAUAUCCAGGACAGCCGCACCAGAUUCCAGACUGACUUUACCUCAGUCAAUGAAUGGCUGAUUGGUGCCAACGAACACCAGAAGACUUGGUCAAACUUAGCCGACACCUCUGACCUGAACCAGGAGUGUAUUUACAACAAUCUGAUCAAAUUGCUGGACUUCUCCAUGGAAACUGAAACCAUGUUAGUUCAGAAGGUGUCGGCAGCCAGGGAGGCCACUCAGCUGCUCCACCUGAGGGAGGCUGAUUGUCCCAGACUGAGAGCUCACCUCGCCCAGCUGGAGGCCAGCUGGAGCCAGCUGACCUCUGACCUGUCCAAGAUACAAGACCAGUUGCAGCAGCGGCUGAUGACUGCGUGGCCGCCGGUGAAGCUGCUGUCUGACCUAGAGGACUGGCUGAAGAAGACGGAGGCUCGGCUGAACCAGGAGAAAGAAAUGAUCCUCAAGGCCAAAGAUGCUGCUCAGAUUACUGAUAUUCUGCAGCACUACCAGGAGUUAAAGGCAGGCAUGGCCAAAGCGCAGCUCCUUCUUGAUUUCCUGAGCCAGUCUGGGCCUCAGGUGGUGGGAGAGGAUGUCCGGGCUCUCCACUCCAAACGUACAGUGUUUGCAGAGGAACUUGGUGACCUCAGACUGAAGUGGCUUCACCUUCAGAGAAAGCUGGAAAGCCAGACUCGUGAAGCUGAACAGAUUCAUCAGAUUUGGGCAGACAGAGAGAGGCGGUUAAAGCGUCUUCACGGCUGGAUCGAACGGCAGAAAGAGCAGCUAAAUCAGUGGAAACAGCCAACCAGUCAAACUCUGGCUCGUAAGGUCCUGCAGGAGUGGGAGGCUGUUGCGGGCAGAGUGAAGGAGGCGGCUGCAGCUUUGCAAAAGUUGAAAGUCACACGAGUGCAUGUUGAAAAGGAAGAGGAUCACCCUUGUGAUAUCUCCUUCUCUGGCCGGACAGAAAGUGUUUGUCAGGCUUCUGGGGAUCUUAGUCAACAGAUGGACGCUGUGAGACCUGCUCUGCAGAAGACCGUAGAGGAGUGGAGAUGUUUCGAGCGAGAUCUAAGUGAGGUUUCACUGCACACCACCAGGGUGCGCUGUGCUCUGCAGCAUCAGCCCCUGUUCUCACUGAAGCAGGCCAAAGGAUAUUUGGACCUCCUCCAGCAGCUCCAGGAGAUGGCCGGAAAGGGAGAAGAGCUUUGGGCGUCAGUGGACAAGUCCUAUCAGAGUCUAGUGAAGAGUCUUCAUUGUGCAACAACACAAAUGCUGGAUGAUCAAAUGAGAGGAGAGCAGAAACGGUGGAAGGACGUGGUGCUGGAGCUAAAAGAUGAGCACAUGAAGACUGCAGAGACACUGCUCCGCUGGCAGGAGUACACGCGCCUCUCUGAUCAGUGCUCCCUUCAGCUGCAAACACUGAGGCGUCAGUGGGAAGAGCAGUCAAGAUGUUCACCUCAGCAGGACAAACAGGCCAUGCUUCACUCAGUGGAGAAGUUGCAGGAUGCUGCCGAGGAUUUGCAAAGAAGUGUGGGAGAUGUGCUUGCAGCUUCCAAGCCUCUCAUUGGACAGCUAGAUCCACUGGUCUCAAAUUUAAUCCAAUCAGAGACCAGACUGCUGUCACGUGAUGUCCUGCUGCUGAGCCAGGCAAUUUCAGGAAAAAAGAGAGGUGUUCAGGAGGAUUUGGAGCAACAGAAACUAUUUCAAACUCAACUGGAGGCUCUUGAAAAGCAGACACAAAACACACAGCUGAAACUUCGGACCAAAAUGAAUGAUGCAGACACUGCAAAGCAGGUUCUCCUGGAACUCUGUGGUCUGUUUCCAUCGCUGGUUGACGUCAGGGAGAUGAGUUGUUAUGUGACCAUCAACGACCAUGAGACCGAGAGGCUGCACAUGCUCAGCAGGGAAUUGGUAGAAAGCAUGACUCGUAUGUCUGACAUUAACAGAGCUCUGCAGGCUGAGCAUCAGCAUUCCCAAAACUUUCAGGAGAAGUGUACGAAUCUGAAGUCUAUCCAGAGGAAGCUGGAGGAGUCACUGUCUAAAAACCCUCAGAGUUUCUCCAGCCUCCAAGAUAUGCUGACUGUCCAUCAGAGGCAUGAGGCUGAAAUUAUUAUUGGACACCAGCUUCUGCAGGGUCUUCUCUGUCAGGCAGUCCAGUCAAUGGAAACGGAAACAGGAGGGAAAAGAUCUGAACUCAUGGCACAGGUGACCUCUAUGAGGGAGAGCUGGUUAGACUCUGUGGCUCUGGCUGGCCAGCACAAGUCCUUGACCAAAGAGCAACUGGGCCAGUGGAGAGUCUACCAUAGUGGCUCAAAACUGAUAUGGAAGCUGUUAAGGGAUGUUGACCCUUUGCUGCCCCCUGCUGGACUCGCUCUUUGCACACUGCAUCGGCCACGGAGUUGCGUGGACGAUUGUCAGUGUGUCGAAGAUGCUCUGUCUCUGCACUCCACUGUGUACACCCAAACGCUGGAGGCUGGCAGACAUUUAUGCGAAACCAUGACAGAGUUGGAGUGUCAGAGCCGACUGCAGUCAGAGCUCCAGGCCAUACAGGAGGCCUGGGAGCGAACCUCCUCACUGCUGGAGAAGAGAAGAAACCUGGUCAACACAACUGUUCAGAAGUGGUCUCAGUGUCAGGACAGGAUAACCAGCCUCUCAUCUGAACUGGAUGAGCUGAAAAACAUGCUGAAGCAGCUGCUGCCAGAAAGGCCGCAGGACUCUGAGGGCGAGAGACAUGUUCAGGAGGCAGACCUCUCUCUGCAGUGUUUGACCAGUGGAUUUAGGGAACUGGCCACCAUGAAGAUGGACCUGUCCCAGUAUGUCGCGGCCGGGGACUCCGCUCUGCUGGAGCAGCAGCUGGAACAACUCCACACUCAAUGGGAAGAGCUGUGUAUGAAGGUAUCCUUGCGCAGGCAGGAAAUUGCAGACCGACUCAAUGCUUGGACCAUCUUUAACGACAAGAACAAAGAGUUCUGUGAUUGGCUGACUCAGAUGGAAAACAAGGUUUGCCACAGUGGUGAUCUGAGCAUCGAGGAAAUGGUGGAGAAACUGAAGAAGGACUGCAUGGAGGAAAUUAACCUAUUCAGUGAGAAUAAAAGCCACCUGAAGCAGCUGGGUGAGCAGCUGCUGUUAGCCAGUGACGAAGCCAAGCAGACGCAGGUCCACUGCUCUCUGCAGGAGGUCAACCAGCGCUGGCACAACCUCUUCCACCUAAUUGAAGCCAGGGUGAAGAAGCUGAAGGAGACUCUUGUGGCGAUGCAGCAGCUGGAUAAAAACAUGAGUAACCUCCGCACUUGGCUUUCUCGCAUCGAGGCCGAGCUCUCCAGGCCCAUCACCUACAGCGUCUGUCACCACCAGGAGAUCCAGAAGAGGCUGGCCGAGCAGCAGGAGCUGCAGAGGGACAUUGAGCAGCAUACGGAGGGGGUAGCGUCUGUGCUCAGUCUGUGCGACGUUUUGCUGCAGGACGAAGAUGCUGCUGGUGGCAUCGAGGCGGAGAGCGACUCCCUGCAGGAAACCAGUCAUAGCCUGGACCAGCGCUGGAGGGCCAUCUGUGCCAUGGCUCUGGACAGGAGGCUCAGGAUUGAGGAGACGUGGAAACUCUGGUGCAAGUUUCUCGAUGACUACUCACGGUUUGAGGAUUGGCUCAAGAUGGCCGAGCGCACCGCUGCCAACCCCAACUCUGCAGACGUCCUUUAUACUGUCGCCAAGGAAGAGCUCAAGAAGUUCGAGAGUUUCCAAAGGCAGGUUCAUGAGCGGCUGACCCAGCUGGAACUUGUCAAUAACCAGUACCGCCGCCUGGCUAGGGAGAAUCGCACUGACCGAGCCAGCCAGCUCAAAGCCAUGGUCCAUGAAGGCAACCGACGCUGGGACACCCUGCACCGCAGAGUGGCUGCAAUCCUCCGCAGACUCAAGUAUUUCACCAGCCAGAGGGAGGAGUUUGAAGGCACCAGGGAGAGCAUGCUGGUGUGGCUGACAGAGCUCGACCUGCAGCUCACCAACGUCGAACACUUUUCAGAGAGCGACGUUCAUCAUAAGAUACAACAGCUCAAUAGUUUCCAGAAGGAAAUCACCCUGAACACAGAGCGCAUUGACGGGCUGAUAGUGUUCGGAGAGGGUCUGAUCCAGAAGAGCUCACCGCAGGACGCGGUGCUGAUAGAGGACGAGCUGGAGGAGCUGCACUCCUACUGUCAGGAGGUUUUCAGUAGACUGGUCCGCUUCCACCAGCGCCUCAGCCAGCCCUUGACGGUCAAAGAAGAGCCGGUGCUCUCUGACACCACCUUUUCAUUGGAGUCCAGCUUGGAGCUGAUUGGUCGACCGUGGCUGGGGCGGAGCCAAGGAAGCCUCCCAGCGACACCAACCCACCUGCUGGCCUCUCCACUGGAGCGUUCGGGUCGGGGGACACCGGUGAGUGUGGACUCCCUGCCGCUGGAGUGGGACCACACCGUAGACGUGGGAGGAUCAUCGUCACAUGAGGAUGAUGAUGACGAGGAAGAUCAAGAGGAUGACAGAACUUACUUCAGCGCACUAUCAGAGGUGGAGUUGUCUGAGAACCAGGAAGAGUUUGUCCAAGCAUCGGAGGCCCUCCAAGCCUCCUCUCUGGUUUCAAGCAGUUCCUUGGCCGUUCACGAGUCUCCUAGAUGGCGAUCACAGGAAGACGCAGAAACACAGUCUCUGCAGCUGGACUCAGAGGGCCACACCGAGGCUCCACCAAAGCUCACCAGCACCCCUCUAAAGCAGGGCUAUUUGUGUCUCAUGUCUCAGUGCAGCGGCAGCAUAGAGGACAUUAAAAGGGUCUCACUGAUCCUGGAUGAUGAAGAACAGCCGGAGGAGCUCGGUCUGAUGGGACUGACUGCCUUAGACCAACAGUCAGGUGUCAUUGAACGCUGGGAGCUGCUCCAGGCUCAGUCCAGGAGCGACCUGCAUGCCGGCUCUCAGGAGCCCCAACAACUCACAACUGACCUCGACGACAUCACUUCCUGGUUAGAGAACACAAUCCCUGAGCUAGAGCGCCUCCAGCGGUCAGAGCCAGCAACCAGCAUUGAGGACAUGGCAGACAGAGCCGUAGCACUGAAGGAGAUGCAGAAGAUGUUUACACGCUAUAAAUCCAUCAUGCUGUCUGUCAAUCUGCGAGCUCAGGAGGCUCCAGAGCUGCAGGAGAGGCUGUCUGCUAUGAACCGAGACUGGAGCCAAGCCUGUACAGGCCUCCAGCAGUGGGACACCAGUCUGAGGAAGACACUGAUGCGCAGUCAGGAGUUCCAUGAAACCCUUCAUUCUCUGCUGCUGUGGCUGGCCCAUGCAGAGAGCAGACUCUACGCAGUGGACAUCAGGGACCCAGACACGCCUGUCCGAGUCCUGCGACAACACCGCAGCACGCUCACAGAUCUGCAGGAGGAGCUGCAGGGCAGGCAGACUCAGCAGGCGUCCCUGCAGGCUCUGUGGUCUCAGCUGCAGCCUGAGGAUGAGGCUGUGGACAGCAACGAGGCCCAGGAGAAGCUCCAUGUGACAGGUAGCAAGCUAAAGUCGCUUUUGAGUCGGGUGGACCAGAACCUCAGCACCCUGCAGCAGCGCCUGGAUUGUGAAUCUGCAUCAGACGCCCAAAGCCAGAGUGAUGCUGCAAAGACUGAGAAAAGUUCCUCUACUCAAAGAGGGAUGAGGGACUCGUCUCCGCCUCGUUCCUUCUUCUACCGGGUCCUUCGGGCUGCCUUCCCCCUCCAGCUUCUGCUGCUGUUCCUCCUGCUCCUCCCCUGUUUGAUACCUCUAUCAGAGAGUGAGCCUGGUUGUGCCGCAGCCAACAACUUUGCCUGGUCCUUCUACCCCAUGUUACACUACACCAACGGCCCGCCGCCCACCUGAUGGGUAUGUUCUUAUCAAAGAAAAAAAAAGACUGAAGACAUACUGAGUAAUACAAGCCACUUUAAAUGUGUUCGGCUGAUGAAGCAGUUGUCUUUAAAAACAAAAAAAAAGUCCACAGUGCAAAAACUGCAUUUCUAUUUUUGAAGAUAUGAUUUUAAUUGUAUUUAUUUUCAGUCAGGAAAAACAUGUAAAAAAAGAAUGCAGAUCAUGUAAUCAAACAAUGCAAAGAUCUUAACACCGUCCAAAAGAAAUCAAAUCAUGAGAGCCUCUUUAGUAAAUGAGCUGUCUUGACACCGGUGGAGGGGUACAGCAGUAAGCAUACUGUACCAGUGGCAGGAAAGAGGCAAAUAUUAACAGGUGAGAGAGUUUAGAGGCCAGCAUAUUCUGUUAAAGAGGUGAAAAGAAAGUAAGACAGAUGUGAGAAAACAAAGCAUAUUAUCAGUGGUCUUUCACAAAAUAAUUCAAUUCUUGGCAUUUAUAAGAUUUUUAAAAUUCAAUUGUAUACAUUCUCCUUGUGAUUAACAUAUCAUGUUGUGAAUAUAUAUACAGGAUGCUAUUUGUCUGUAGAUUGUGAGCAUGUGUAUGGCUCCCAGUGCACUGUCAAAACACUAUAGAUUGAGCAGGAUGAUGUUUAUGUACAGAAUGUAAUAAUAUAAUGCUUAUUUAUACCAUCAGACAGUGGAUUUAUGCUCCAAAUUUUCUGGUAGUAAACAUUUAAUGUUUUAAA